AUGAAGUUGAACUAUGCCAGAACUACGGUGAAGGUUGUCGAGAGGUUACGUGAGACACACGAGGUUUCAAAGCGUAAGACCCUGGUCCUAAUUCAAAUAAGUUUACCAGGAAAUGAAAACUUCUUCGAAUGCUAUUACCUGGCACAAUUCGUGGGCAAACUGAUUAUAGGAAAGCCAAUUUCUCUAAGAGUGACGCUAGUAGCAAUUAUGUAUCUCCUUUUUGCAAAGCUGGUAAACAAGAGCAUAGAACGGAUAUACCUUCAAGUUACAUCAGUUGAUUUAUGGCUAACAUCGUCAUCUCCAGAGCAGGAUCCUGCAUUUUAUAUGGGCAGUAAAACAGUAUUGCAAUUUUUUGAUUCUCGGGCAGCUGUUCGGACUAUAGCCAGUUCUCCAGAUACAAACUUGGAGAUAAUCAGCGGAAAUCCGGCAGUGACCAAAAAUGUGAUUCUUCAAAUGGUCUUCUCAGAUCCGAGGUAUUCCUUGCAAGUACGUAGAUCCCAUUUACGUUUCGGUAUAAGUUGUUGCUACUCAGACACGAAUACAAUUCCUGGAAUUGAAGCUACCAUUAACAACUAA